UUGUUGGAAUUGCCUUUUGAAGCCCAAAAUCACUAACACUACUUUGGUCCAAAGUCCCACACUGCUCUACUAGUAAAUAGAGUUGAGUUGUUGAAAAAAACACUUUCAAGCAAAUGCUGUCUUUUUCUUCUUCCUCUUUAGUAUCAUUCGGUGGAAUUGCUAAGCCAUUUACGGCAUCGAUCAGUUUAAAGUGUCAGUAUACUCCUUUGAGAACAUCAAUUAACAACCCUUCUGAUUCUAUGGCUUCUCCAAAAUGGGCUCAAAAAACUGUAACUCUUCCACCUCAAAGGCGAGGUUGUCAUCUUGUUACAUCCAAGAUCACGAAAGAAAUUGGUCAAGAUUUAGCAGGCUUUAAAUGUGGCCUUGCUCAUCUUUUUCUGCAGCAUACAAGUGCUUCUUUAACUAUAAAUGAAAAUUACGACUCAGAUGUUCGAGAUGAUACAGAAACAUUUCUUAGUAGGGUUGUCCCAGAGGGGUCAUCUGCACCGUGGAAACAUACUCUUGAGGGCCCAGAUGAUAUGCCCGCUCAUAUCAAGUCAUCGAUGUUUGGCUGCACCCUCACGAUACCAAUCACGGACGGAAAACUAAACAUGGGAACCUGGCAGGGCAUAUGGUUGUGUGAGCACCGUGAUUCGGCUACCCCACGAAGAAUUGUGAUCACUCUUAAUGGCAUGUGAGCCGCUAAAGUCAAUUGUUAAAGAAGUACAACGAGCUAUCAGUGCCUAUCUUACUGAAAUGGCCGUGUGUAAUACUUUCUCGUUUUGAUGUUUUUCUAGUCCAUUUCAGUAGCAAUGUGGAAUGAUAACCUCUUGGGGAUUUCUGGUGUAAACUACUAUGUGGUUUGUGUCCAAUUUUCAUGGUAACCAACGUUAAGAUGCUUAUUUGUACGGUCGAUCUGGAAGUUCUCCUUCCAGCUUUGCAUCUUUAAAUGUUAUGGAUUUUGCUAA